UAGCUGUGUGUGUGACCCCCAAUUCACUAAUUUGUCACUAUUCAGCGAAGUGCAAUCAGUAUCAACACACCCGACUGGGUAGUAGUGUCCAUAUUUACCUAAAUGGGAAUAUCUAUCAAAGAUUAGUACAGUGUCUGUGUUUGUCUUAUUUUGUUGAAUCUUUAUUGUGUUCGUAGUGCCGAGAACAUCCAUAACGGGAGGAUGUGUUAUCGUUGUAGCUGUUGGUCUGUCUGUAUAACGGGGGUAGUUGAAGUUAUGGCCGAGUGGUGGAGGUGUGGUACAGGUGUCACGAUAGCCAGAUGUGGCCAUGCUAUCCUCAGUCUGUGCCUGGCCUCUAUGGGAGGUAGCUUACCCUUCAAGUCUCGCUCUCACUUUUAUCUGAAUCAUCACAAACAGUAUAAUGCAGCGGGGCAGUGCGUGUGUGGUGGUGGUGCUGGUGAUGAGUACAGCCUCCUACCUCCUCAUUGACAAGUUCUCAGAAGUGAUCCCCGUCUACACGAAAAUGGUCAACUUUGCCCCCCGUCCAGUUUCUAAUCUUCUACAGCCGGUAUCUCGUCUGAUACUCGGGGCCUUCUAUAGCGACUCAGAGAUGAAAGAUGCUGGCUUCAACACGAGUGUAGUGUCAGCAAAAUGGUGUCUGCCCCAGCCACGGUACCUGCCCCUGCCUCCAGACAACCAGCGGAACUGCUCACUGCCUUAUGUCACAAUGAACACAGGGGGUCAGUUAGGCAACAAACUCUGCCAGUACUUGUCCUUAGUCUUGAUAAGGAGGGUCUUCGGCGUAAGGGUUGCGAUUCUUGAAGCAAUGAAUGGAUCUAUCAGUGGAUUAUUCCACAAGCUAAGCCUGCCCGUUGAAGACCACAAGUGCUUCCCUGGGUACUCUGCGAAGCUGCCCUUCAGCAACCUCUACAGGAAGUUGUUUAUCAAUAACACAGGCAAUGGUAUAGUGUUGUCCAACUCACGGCUGCGGCAUUACCCACUCAGCGUGUCUUCUUACGUCGAAGAUUGUCCGUGUCCUUCACAUUUACUGGUUCCAUUAAGGGAUCUGUUUCGUCAUGAGUUGCCUUUUCGACAAGACAUCAUUGACAAAGCUAAAGAGCGGCUUGAUAAUGCUGUUAAAAGUCUGCACAACAAUACUUCACAAAAUAUUACAGUAGUUACUGUUCAUGUUCGUAGAACCGACCAUCUUUCUUUUAUCAAAGGUGCAUACAACUUAGAUCCCUUGGAUAAGACAUAUUUUCAACGGGCAUUUAAUUUCUACAGGAACAGAACAGCUGUUCCAGUGUUCGUGGUGACCAGUGAUGACCCCAAGUGGUGCCAAAGCAAUAUUAUGGACAAGGAUGUUGUUUAUGCUGGAAGCCGUGAUCCUGUCUCCGACCUGGUCUUGCUGUCCCUCGGAGACCACCAUGUGAUAACAUAUGGAACUUUUGGUUUCGUCAGCGCCUUCCUUGGCAGAGGCAUCAUCGUUUACCCAGACCCAACUGGCUGGCCUGUUUUUCCUUGUUUCAAUUCAACAAUCAUUCAACCAAUCAACAGAGAUUAGUGCUAACUAUCACCUAGUUGCUGCCAUCAUAACAUCAGGAUGAACAACCCAACAGGUUUUCUUCCUAUUGGGGAGUGUUGAACAUGCUGUUAUGGCGGUGUGUUCACUCACAGGAUGUGUGGCGCUGCCCAAUAAACUCACCCCUCAGGGCAAAAAUUAAAACAAAAAAUCUCAUUAAUCGUAACGGAACAGUGUGCAGCCAGUGUCUUAUAUAUUCUAAGUCCUUCAGUAACCUCAAUAAGGUUAUUGAGCGACUAACAAACCGCUCUUUGAUUGAAAGAAACAGAUUUUAGUUAAUCCCGCUCGGUUGUUGCAGGAGGUAAGCUGUCCCACUGUCUCUAAUCAAAACAAUAAUUUAAUUUUAGUUUAUCUUAACAUAUAUAAAAGGUUGCCUUGUUCAUUUGUUACGUUCUGGAUUCCAAGCUGUGGGUGUGCGAGUUUAAGAUUCCAUAGCUAUGCAAGAUAACGAGGUGUAUAUAAAAUGAAUUAUAAGGAAUGAAUAGACGUCGGACCUAUAUUACAUAAGAACAAAGGUAACUGCAGAAGGUCUAUUGGCCCAUACGAGGCAGCUCCGAUUUAUAAGCACCCAUAUACAGGUCCAACCCACGUUUGAAACAAUCGAGGGACCCCACCUCCAUCACUUUACGCGGUAAUUGGCUCCACAAAUCAACACCCCUGUUACCGAACUAGUAUUUACCAAGGUCUUUCCUAAAUCUAAACUUAAGCAAUUUAUACACAUUGUUUCGUGUUCUGUCUUGUAUUAAUACUUUUAAUACCCUAUUAAUAUUCCCUUCGUUAUGUCCAUUCAUCCACUUGUAAACCUCUAUCUGCAGUCAUCAGGAGGACAAAUCCUUCAUGCAAACUGCACCUACUAUCAAGAAGAGAAACCUCUAUCAUGACACCCCUAACUCUUCGCCUUUCCAGUGAAUGCAAUUUAAGCUUUAUUAUUACUUUUGUAUUUUAUUAUUUAUGUGAUAAAUAAUAAAUGCUCCCUAACUAA